AUGGCUGAAAUAUUAAUGCCUUCGCAAAUAUCCCUGAAGAAAGUUAUAUUCAUUGUCGAUGGUAAUGUUAAAAUGACACUUGGAUUAAUAUGGACCAUAAUUCUUCGUUUUGCUAUACAGGAUAUCAAUGUUGAAGAAUUAUCUGCCCGCGAUGGACUUUUAUUAUGGUGUCAAAGAAAGACUGCUCCUUAUCAUAAUGUGAAUGUACAAAACUUUCAUACAAGUUGGAAGGAUGGCCUUGCAUUUUGUGCUCUCAUUCAUCGCCAUAGACCUGAACUGAUCGAUUACUCAAAGUUACACAAAAGUGAUCCGCUUCACAACCUGAAUCUUGCAUUUGAUGUUGCUGAAAAACAUCUCGAUAUACCGAGGAUGCUUGAUCCUGAAGAUCUUGUGUACAGCCAAAGACCGGAUGAAAAAUCGAUAAUGACCUAUGUUUCAUGCUUCUAUCAUGCAUUCCGUGCAUUGAGGCUAACAAGUAAGCAUGCAGAAACAGCCGCUAAUAGGAUAUGUCGAGUACUAAAAGUAAAUCAAGAAAAUGAGAAAAUGAUGGAAGACUACGAAAGUCUUGCAAGUGAUCUUUUGGCAUGGAUCCGUCGAUGGAUGCCUUGGUUAUCAAAUCGCUCAUCAGGUGAUACAUUGGAAAGUAUUCGAAAAAAGCUCGAUGAUUUCAGGAAUUACAGACGUUUGGAAAAACCUCCACGUAUUGAAGAGAAGGGAAGGCUCGAAACACUCUUCAACACUUUGCAAACGAAACUUAGAUUGAGCAAUAGACCAGCUUUUAUGCCAAAAGAGGGACACCUCAUUAAGGAUAUCAGUGCGGCUUGGCGAGGUCUCGAAGAUUCCGAAAAGGGCUUUGAAGAAUGGUUGCUCAGUGAAAUGAUGAGACUUGAGCGUCUUGAGCACCUUGCUGAGAAAUUUCGCCGCAAAUGUGCAUUACAUGAAGAAUGGACUCAUGGCAAAGAAGAAGCUUUACAGUCAUCUGACUGGAGAUCAUCUGGGCUAUAUAAAAUCAAAGCAUUGCGGAAGCGACAUGAGGCGUUUGAAAGUGAUUUGGGGGCUCAUCAGGACAGAGUGGAACAGAUCGCUGCUAUAGCUCGAGAACUGAGUAACCUGAAAUAUCCAAAUAUUGGGCCGAUCAAUUCAUUAUGCCAGAUGAUAUGUGAUCAGUGGGAUCGCUUGGGUCGCCUUACAAAGCAACGUCGAAAGCAACUGGAAGAUGCUGAAAUUGUCGCUGAAAAACUUGAUAAAUUGUAUUUGGACUUUGCAAAGCGAGCGGCACCCUUCAAUAAUUGGCUAGAUGGUGCUAGAGAGGAUCUUGUUGAUAUUGUUAUUGUCCAUGAAAUGAAGGAAGUGCAAGAGCUUUUGGCUGCACACAAUCAAUUUAAAGUUACUAUGCCAAAUGCUGAUUCUGAAUUCAAAAAUAUUUUGCAAAUUGAACAAGAAAUUGUUCAUCUUGUUGAGCACAAUGGUCUGGAUCGGGAACUUCUCAGAAAUCCGUACACCGAUUUAUCGGCUAUUGAAUUACGACGUAAAUGGCAAGAAGUUCAGCAAGCUAUUCCCUCCCGAGACAAUCAACUUCAGAGAGAAUGGCACAGACAACAAAAUAAUGAAAGACUUCGUCAUUUAUUCGCUGAAAAAGCAAAUGCAGUUGGUCCAUGGUUAGAACAACAACUUGAACAAGUUUUGGCUAUUGGUCUCGGUGGUCGAGGAAGCCUUGAAAAUGCUAUUUCUCAGUUACAAUCAAUUCGACAACAGGCACAUAACUAUAAACCAAACUUGGAUGAAUUGGAGAGAAUAAACCAAGAGAUGCAAGAAAACUUCGUUUUUGAAAAUCGUGCUACUCGUUAUUCAAUGGAAUCCUUAAGAGUUGGUUGGGAAUCCCUAUUAACAUCGAUUAAUCGAACUAUUAAUGAAUGCGAAAAUCAAAUUUUGAUGCGUGAUUGUAAAGGUAUAACUGAAGAGCAGCUUAAUGAAUAUCGAGCAUCAUUCAAUCAUUUCGAUAAAGAUCGACGAGGCUUGGAUAGCGAACAACUGAAAUCAUGUCUUAUAUCGAUAGGUUAUAAUAUACGGCCUGGGAGAGAAGGAGAUCAAGAUAUGCACCGUAUCCUUUCCAUUGUUGAUCCGAAUAAAAUGGGUAGAGUGCCGUUUAAUGCUUUCCUCGAUUUCAUGACGCGUGAGACGGGCGAUGCGGAUACAAGUGAGCAAAUGAUCGAUUCAUUCAGGACUCUGGCAUCUGGAAAGCCUUACAUAACUGCUGACGAAUUACGACGUGAACUACCAGUGGAACAGGCAGAAUAUUGCAUUCGCCGAAUGGCUACAUAUCGAGAUUCUCACAUGCCUGCAGGAUCAUAUGAUUAUGCUUCAUUCAGUCGAAGCUUGUAUAAUUAUUAG